UGUCUUUUAAGUUGAUUGCUUAAACAUGAGAUAGUGCUUGUUUUUGGCUUUGUGUUUCACCUGUGAAAACCGCAUUUGCUGCUCAGCAAACAUCGAGACCACAGAAGUGUUUAUGGGAGAGAGGCGAGCCACUUUGAAGUAAGAAGAUCCCAUCAGGGUCUGAGGCCAUCAGCACAGAUGGAGGCCCAGCAGAAGCAACUGGUUGAACAGGUUCUGUGACCCUGCCCUUUGACAACUACUGUUGCCAUCGCAAUAUAUCUGUGCUCAGAAGCCGCCGCACUUCAGCUGCGCUCAACUUCCACCUUGUCAAGUAAGUCACUUGCUUGUCGUCAACUAACAAGAAAAGCUCUCUGUAGAAUCCCGCUGACUCAGAAGUGACUCGGGAAGGGAACGUCAGACUGGCUCAGCUGAUUCAAGGUGACUGAGCACACGAGCCGAUUGUGUCUUAUUUGUUUCCGCGUGUCACCGGCUGGGAAGACAUGUUGGUUGUUUUGGGCUUCGUACUACUUCUAACUGGAGCCCGGGGGUUUGGAAUUCUGCCCGGAGACUCACAGAGUCAUCUGGAUAUCACGGACACAGCCAUUUUAAAUGCCACCGUGCAGGUGUGCCGCGCUCUGGCCCAGGCCGAGGGGAACAUCUUCACGACUCCGGCGCAACCAUUUACAGUUACGGAUGUGGCCACGGCCUGCAGGGCGCAAAACUCCAUCAGAAGCUUCCAGCUGGCGAUUGUAACCAUCAAAUUCCGGAACGUGCGCGUGGACAUCCGCCAAGUGUUAAACGCCAGCUUCCACUUUGACGACGAGUCGUUCGUCGAAGGUCGGAACAUCAUCGUCGGGGGCCUGAUUACAGUGAAGAACAGCAUCAAUCAGGAGGACUUUGAGGCAGCCAGGGAGAACUUGGGCACAAUUCUCCAUCCUUUACAGGACUUCUACAGCCACAGCAACUGGGUGGAAAAUGGUAACCAGUUUCCAAAUUCCAAUCUAAUCAGAUCAGACACUAGCAUCGGCAACAUAGCAGCUGUAAACCGGGCCACUUGUCGCAGCUGUAAUGGCGAUGACUGCAGUGAUAACAUACUUGAGGACAUCACGCAGGACAAUGUACUGACUUCUGGAUACUUUAGCCUAUUCCCGACAGUGCCCACCAAGCCCGCAGGAAAGUGCAGUCAUGGCGGAACUUUUGACCAGACCAGCGAUAUUGAUCCCACCGGAGGGAUCAACAAAGACACGCCAGACUCGGAACACGGGAAUCUCCACGAGGAGGCUGCAAAUCUGGCAGCAAUGGCGACCAGCGAGAUCCUGGAAAACAUUCGCCAGGAGGUGGAGGACGUUCCAUUCCUCCUAAUGUUGGGAAUCUCCCGAGGGUCUGGGAAAGCUCUGUGCUUCGUGAUCGACACCACGGAGAGUAUGAGCGACGACAUCGCGGCAGUGAAGGUCGCCACUUCUUCUCUCAUCAAUAAUGUGGCGGGAACAGACGAUGAACCUCAGUCCUUCAUUCUGGUUCCCUUCAAUGAUCCCGAAGUUGGGCCGCUGAUGAGGACGACUGACCCCCAAGUCUUCAAGGGCUUCGUUGACGAUCUGUCAGCCAGCGGUGGAGGAGAUAACGCAGAAAGGAGUCUCACUGGCCUUCAGCUGGGACUGAUGGGUUCUCCUCGGAGCUCUGACAUCUUCGUCUUCACGGACGCACCGGCCAAAGACGUGGAGCUGAAAACCACAGUAAUCGCUCUCAUCGAGCGCAGUCAGAGUGUGGUCAACUUCCUGAUCACGGGGACAACGGUGGAAAACAGGCGUCGGAGUAGCAACAGGAUCGCCGCGGCGGACUCUCAGGUGUACCGAGACCUUGCCCAGGCCGCGGGGGGUCUGGCUGUGGAAGUGGAGACGGACGAGCUCUUAAACGCCACGAUCAUUAUUCGUCAGAUUUCCAACUCCUCUGUGGUGACGCUACUGCAGGCUUCCAGGGAUCCAGGAUCAAUGGAGAGCUUCACGUUUUUGGUAGACGAGACCACGAUGAACACCAGAAUUUACAUCACAGGAAAUUCUACUACGAUCACGAUCACCAACCCUGCAGGCGCCACUCAAGGCAUCAUGGGCAUCCCUUUGUUUACGUCCUCGUCUGUGGGAAACUUGGAGAUUUUGGAGCUGAUUAACCAUGCAGAGGGAACAUGGACAAUAGACAUAAGCUCAGAAAACCCGUACUCGCUGAGGGUCACAGACCAGAGUCCCAUUGAUUUCCUGGUUGACUUUGUGGAGAUUGUGCCCGGAGGGAAUGCGUUCGAUGUCCUCGACACGCGUCCCACAGCCUGCAACAACGGCAGCCUGCUGGUGACUCUAACGGGCAGCGACACCGCCAACGUCACCGGCGUCACGCUAGUGGAGGCGGCGGGUACGGGAGCGGUUGCAGGCACCGUGGAGCCGCAGGGGAGCGGUCAGUUCCUCGUUCGUGUCGACAAGAUUCCAUCGGUGCCGUUUGUGGUGCGGGUGGAUGGAACGGCCAACAAUGCAUCGUUUGAUUUCCAAAGGCAGUCGCCGACCAACUUCCGAGCAUCCAAUUUAACCAUCAGGGGGGAGGUAAACGACAACCUCGUGCCGGGGACACCAUUCUCUGUACCUUUUUCUAUCACCGAAGAUACGGGAGGUAAUUUCUCCAUCACAGUCACCACCAACGACCAGCGCUUCACCACCAGUGCUCCCAGUAGUCUCCUGGUGCAACCAGGAGUCUUAACCAACAGCACCGUCAUGGUGUCUGCGCCGCUUAACACGCCGUCGGGGAGCACCAUCACCCUCACCAUCGAGGUCAAAAAUACAGGAAGUGAGGACACCAACUACUUAAUCCUGAGGAUCGUCGUCUUUAACACGGUGACGGACCUAACCGCUCCCAUGUGUGAAGUCCUAUCGUUCGUCAACUGCGUACAGAUAAGCAGUACCAAAACAUGGGCGGUGUCGGUGCGUGUGAGCGACGGCGCAGACGGGACAGGCGUAGAGCGGGUCACCCGCACGCAAGGCAACGGAACGCUGAACAUCGAACCAUCCCCCAGCAAUGGGAAUGUGACGCUGGUGACCUACAAUGCAUCCUGCACGGACCCGGACAUGGCGCUGGUGGCGGUGGACCGGGUGGGCAACACUGUCGCAUGCGCCUUCAACGCCUUCCAGGCUUCAGGGGGCGUGGCACCUUUGGUCAGCCAGGUGCACCUCAUAUGUGCGCUUAACCUGGCGGUCGGCCUCCUGCACAGCCUGUUGUGAGCUUUUAGAAGCAUCGCUAUGACUUGUCUUCGUCUAUGUGGUCUUCGGCAAUCGUCUGCCCUUAGUGGUCAACACCAGUGUUGCAGCUUGCGUGACAAAACUGCCCUGUUUUUUAAAAUAUUGCUUUUGAUUUGUUUAUUAUAUUGCAACAUGAUGAUUGAAGGUAAACUCUUGGAAAAGAACACUGUGAUAAAAAUGUUGAAAGAAGGCUGAUAUUUAAUUAAAAAAUGUUUUGCUACAAGUUGAACACGCUUGUCUAUUUACACCUUGUUGUCAUUUUGCUGACGCAGCAAAAACCAAAGGCUCCUUACCUUCUUACCUACUUCCACAAGACGUUUUUUUUUAAUUCCGAGCUCGACAUUCUUUUUGUCCUUUCUGUAGUCGGCUCAGCGCGUCCCUCACAACUUCAGUCUUUGUCACUCCUUCAAAUAAAAACACU